AUGUCCUGGCGCAACCGCGCCCCGUGGCGUGGUGGGCGGCGUCGGCAGCCUGGCGCGCAGAGUGGUACGUGGGCGUGGCAGCCUGAUGAUGAAGGGCCGCCAAGCAAGAAGAAGCGUGGUGGCAAGAAAGGUGCUGAGUAUGCCGUGUGCAGCGUGUGCCAGCACUGGGAGUAUGUGCACUACGGGAACGAGAGCUGCGGCAAGUGCGGCGGUGCUUACCUGGGUGGCGAUGAUGCUGACAAUGAAGGUGCGGAGCAGCGUGAAUCUGCUCAAGGUGCUGGUGCAGCGCCUAUGCCUCCUCAUCUUCUUCGUGAGAUGGAGAUGUGGUCGGUUCACUACCCUGCACUGGCCUCUGUGGCGAAGGACGCAGCGGCGCCGCCGCCACCUCGUGUUCCCGAGUACACGGACGGCGAUUUGGAUCGGCUGGCGGCGCUGGAGCAGACCGCCCUGGCGAAGGAGGUCGAGCAGGCCACCAAGCAGCAGCGGCUGGCCGCCCAGGAGGCGGAGCGCAACCUGGAGAUGGCGCGUCAGGCCGUGCGCGAGAUGGACGCGAAGAAGAACCGCUUCAACAUCGGCCAGUUCAAGGUUGACAAGCGUGCUGAGGCGCAGGCGGCGGCGCGCGCUUGGACGGCGGAGGAGACGGUGCUGAUGCGGGUCGUGGGGCCCCUGAGGGCGCGGGUGCAGCGGCUGCUGCUCGUCGGCCCCCUGUACGAGCAUUGGGAGGCCGUCAAGCAGAUGGAGCAGAGCAUCGCGGCCCCCAUGGAUGACGCGUCGGAGGUUGGUGAGUCUGAGUUUGGUGACCAGCAUCGCGAUAAAUUGGAUCAGCUUCGGAAGUGGUCACUGGAUCAGGCUCUCACGGAACCUGAACGCAACCGCGUGGAGACCAUCCUCAUCAAGCAGGCAGCUCAGAAGGCAACUAAGCGACUCAAAACAGCGCGUGGAGAAGGAGCUGCUAGUUUCGGCGAGUACUUGAACAGGUGCACGAACGAGGCCCCGUGGCACGAGCAGCAGGAUUUGCUGCUGGUGGAGGUGCAG